GAGUUAGCGAAUGAAACAUCGAUUGGUCCUGCCGCUGCCAGCUGAUCUGUAGCCUCGGAACAUGCUUCGUCUCCUCAUCUUAGCAGCGGUUUCUAGCCUCGCUGCAGGGAUGAAGCAGAUCGAAGCUAAUCCCGAGGCGAAGCGGCUCUACGAUGAUCUCUUGUCCAACUACAACAGGCUCAUCAGGCCUGUACCGAACAACACGGACACACUCACCGUCUACCUCAGGCUUAAGAUGUCCCAGCUACUGGAAAUGAACUUGAAAAAUCAAGUAAUGACAACAAACCUGUGGGUUGAACAGAAAUGGGUUGAUUACAAAUUGCGAUGGGAUCCUGAAGAAUACGGUGGAGUGGAGAUGCUGUACGUACCAUCAGAGCACAUCUGGCUACCAGAUAUUGUCUUGUAUAAUAACGCGGACGGGAACUACGAAGUGACCCUCAUGACGAAGGCAACGCUCAAGUACACCGGGGAAGUGAUCUGGAGGCCUCCUGCCAUCUACAAAUCCUCUUGCGAGAUCAACGUCCUCUACUUCCCUUUCGACGAGCAGAGCUGCACCAUGAAGUUCGGGAGCUGGACUUACAACGGAUUCCAGGUUGACUUGAAACACAUGGACCAGGUCUCAGGCAACAAUCUUGUUGAGGUUGGGAUCGACCUUACUGAGUUCUACUUGUCGGUGGAAUGGGACAUCCUUGCAGUGCCUGCAACAAGAAAUGAAGAAUACUAUCCUUGCUGCAAGGAACCCUAUUCAGACAUCACGUUCAACCUAACGAUGCGUAGGAAGACACUCUUCUACACGGUCAAUCUCAUCAUUCCAUGUGUCGGCAUCACCUUCUUGACGGUCCUCGUCUUCUACCUUCCUUCAGACUCCGGAGAGAAGAUCACCCUCUGCUCAUCCAUUCUGGUUUCACUCACUGUGUUCUUCCUCCUGCUGGCCGAAAUUAUACCACCGACUUCUUUGGCCGUGCCUCUGUUAGGGAAAUACCUCCUCUUCACUAUGGCCAUCGUCUCUUUCUCCAUAUGUGUGACGGUCUGCGUGCUCAAUAUACAUUUCAGAUCUCCUUCUACUCAUAAGAUGUCUCCUUGGGUGAAGACUGUGUUCCUGGUUUACAUGCCUCGAAUGCUCAUGAUGCGAAGACCACCUUAUUCCCCAGGAGAAACCUUCGAUGAGGGGUAUCCAGAAGGUGGUUACUUGAACGACAAUGAUUUUAGAGACAGCCUGAGUGACCCUUACCCGAUGGAUUCGAAGAAUAGUCCACAUGACACAUAUGAAACCGUAUCAUCAGCUUUCCGAGAACACGUGGCCCAACCUUCUGCUGCAGAAAGAGAAAAUAUGAUCCCGAGGAACAUGUCCGCUGGAGUUCUCCAGGCCCUGGAAGGAGUGAGGUUUAUCGCACAGCAUAUCAAGGAUUCUGACAAAGAUAAUGAAGUCAUCGAAGACUGGAAAUACAUCUCCAUGGUCUUGGACCGGUUCUUCCUCUGGGUCUUCACACUGGCCUGCAUGGUCGGUACCUGCUGGAUAAUAUUCCAGGCACCCUCCCUCUACGAUCAGAGGAUCCCCAUUGACCAGAAGCUUUCGGAGAUACCUCUCAGGAAGAGCAUGUACGCUGUUCCAGCCGAUUACGUUGCCAACCAUCCUGAAUUUUAA